AUGGGGGGCAGCCAGGCCCCCAGGGUCGCAGACAAGAAAGGGAUCGUCUGGGUACACUGGCUCCUGGGUCAUAACAAGGGGGCGCCCCAGCCGGGCCUUGGAGCUGGCGGAAGCAGAGGGGGCGCCAGGCGGCGGGAAGAAGAGGCCAUGGGCGCGCAGGUCGGGGCGCUGCUGCUCGCGCAACUGUUGGUGCGGGUCGAAAUCGCGAGGCAGGCGUUGCGGGAUAGGGACCUGUUGCUUCCAGGUUUCGAGAACUCUUCUAUGCUCGCAUGGCCAUGUGGCCAACGGACUGUCCCGACACGCAUAGUGGGUGGAAAGGACGCAGAGCUUGGGCGCUGGCCGUGGCAGGGCAGCCUGCGCCUAUGGGGCUCCCACUACUGCGGAGCAAGCCUACUCAACCGCCGCUGGGUGCUCUCGGCCGCGCACUGCUUCCAAAACAACAGAGAUCCCUAUGAAUGGUCGGUCCAGUUUGGCGAGCUGUCUGCCACACCACCCAUUUGGAGCCUGCGGGCCUACUACAACCGUUACAACGUGGAGCAGAUCUUUUUGAGCCCCAGGUAUCUGGGGUCUGCAUCGUAUGACAUCGCCCUGCUGAAGCUGUCCUCCUCCAUUACCUACACCAAGUACAUCCAGCCCAUCUGUCUCAUGGCUUCCUCCUCUGAGUUUGAGAACCGGACUGACUGCUGGGUGACCGGCUGGGGGGACAUUGAAGAAGAUCAGGCACUGCCAUCUCCCUACACCCUCCAGGAAGUGCAGGUCGGCAUCAUAAACACCACCAUGUGUAACCACCUGUUCUCACUGCCUGAUUUCCGCCGUGACAUCUGGGGAGACAUGGUUUGUGCUGGCGACCCUCAAGGUGGCAAGGAUUCCUGCUUUGGUGACUCAGGUGGACCCUUGACCUGCGAAAUGAAAGGGCUGUGGUAUCAGGUUGGAAUCGUGAGCUGGGGAGUGGGCUGUGGUAGGCCCAACCGGCCCGGUGUCUACACCAACAUCAGUGCUCACUACAAGUGGAUCCGAACGGUUUUGGCCAAAAACACCAUUUGCAGGCCGGACUCUUGCCCAUUGCUGUUGCUCUUCCCUCUGCUCUGGGCUCCCCCAUUCCUACAGUUGGCCUGA